AGGUUGCGGUGUUACUAUUUUGACGUAAUUUAAAUUUCAUUUUCCGAUUAACAGCCCAUAGAUCAGCGUUAAAUGGGUCCGUUUUUAAGUUAAUAUCACUAUAAGGACGUCCGAUGACAAUAUCUGUAGUUAGGAAAUAGCUGCUUCCACAACCUACGCAAGACUGAAUCAGUUGAAUUACACCCACUGUAGCCUACAGUGUUUACAGUUAACCUGUUGGUAUACGCUACAACUGCUGCUCGCAAAUAUUUCCAGAAAAACACGAAAUGACAUUUAAAAACUCUUCUGCUCGCAUUUCCCGUAUGCACCGAGGCACAUUUGCUUAGUCUUCAUACAACAACAAAAAAACGGUAAUCGUUUUCGGUAAAAACUCGCAAUAAAACUUGAGAUCCCGACUACGCGAUGACGUCAUUCGAGUUUCCUGCCUGCCGUCGAAUUGUUGUGCCAGCGAGCCUCCGCCCCCAAUCGUGCCAUUGACAGGAGUUCGGAAUUCGGUGGCUGGCGGAGCAGAAGAGCUCGCUUACUUUUCGCCGUCAGCGAGGUCGCUUGUUUGUUAUCUUCGCUUGGAUCCGGGAGCGUGGCUGUGAAUGUGUAGAAGCUGGGAGCCGCUUCUCUUGCGCGGCUCACUGUACAUGGGAGUGUUGGAAAAGCGAGGGGAGAAGGUGUAAUCCGCGCUCAGGUGAAGCCGCCAUGAGUGAGGGGGAGGGGCAGUUCUACAGCGUGCAGGUGGGCGACUCCACCUUCACCGUGCUGAAGAGGUACCAGCAGCUCCGCGCCAUCGGGUCCGGAGCCCAGGGCAUCGUGUGCUCCGCUCUGGACACAGUUCUGGGCGUCCCCGUGGCGGUGAAGAAGCUGAGCCGGCCGUUCCAGAACCAGACCCACGCCAAGCGGGCCUACCGCGAGCUGGUGCUGCUCAAGUGUGUCAAUCACAAAAAUAUUAUUAGGCUUAUCAACGUCUUCACGCCACAGAAGUCUCUGGAGGAGUUCCAGGAUUUGUACCUGGUGAUGGAGCUUAUGGACGCCAGCUUGUGCCAGGUGAUCCACAUGGACCUGGACCACGAGAGGAUGUCCUACCUGCUGUACCAGAUCCUGUGUGGCAUCCGACACCUGCACUCAGCGGGCAUCAUACACAGGGACCUGAAGCCCAGUAACAUCGUGGUGAAGUCGGACUGCACGCUGAAGAUCCUGGACUUCGGAUUGGCCAGGACGGCCUGCACUAGCUUCAUGAUGACCCCGUACGUGGUGACCAGAUACUACCGAGCGCCGGAGGUCAUCUUGGGCAUGAAGUACAAGGAGAACGUGGACAUCUGGUCUGUGGGCUGCAUCAUGGGAGAGAUGGUGAAAGGGAGCGUCAUCUUCCAAGGAACAGACCACAUAGACCAGUGGAACAAGGUGAUUGAGGUGCUGGGCACGCCCUCGCUGGAGUUCAUGAGCCGGCUGAUGGAGACCGUGCGGAACUACGUGAUGAACAAGCCACAGUAUCCCGGGGUCAACUUCACCGAGCUCUUCCCCGAUUGGGCGUUCCCCUCCGAGUCCGAGCACGACAAGAUCAAGACCAGUCAGGCUCGAGACCUGCUGUCCAAGAUGCUGGUGAUCGACCCCGAGUGCCGGAUCUCUGUGCAGGAGGCCCUGAAUCACCCCUACAUCCACGUUUGGUACGACCCGGCGGAGGCAGAUGCGCCUCCUCCGCAGAUCUCGGAUAAACAGCUGGAGGAGAGAGAGCACACCAUCGAACAGUGGAAAGAACUGAUCUAUGAAGAAGUGAUGGACUGGGAAGAGAGAAACAAGAAUGGAGUGAUGAGAGAAGACUGUGGAGACGCAGCGGUGAACAGCAGCGCCACGCCCUCCCAGUCGUCCUCCAUCAACGACAUCUCGUCCAUGUCCACGGAGCAGACUCUGGCCUCCGACACCGACAGCAGCAGCAUCGACGCCCUGUCGGGGGUGCUGGAGGAGUGCCAGUGAGCCCCGCCCCGCCCCGCCCCGCC